AUGCCAAAGCAAGCGAAUAUUCCAGUUGAGCUCCGCGUUCAGGUCGUAACGCUGGUUAUGGUUGCAAAAAUGAAGCCUCAAGAUGUGACUAAUCUUCUAGGACUGCCCUUGAGCACUGUAUAUGAGAUUAUUAAGCGUGCAAAGGCCCGAGGAUUUGAUCCUGAUAUCAGUCCCCGGGUUGAGCAUGCUCAUGUAAUUGAUUUACCACGUUCUGGGCGGCCGAAGACCAUUACUCCUGAAAUUGAGGAUUCAAUUGUCAAUAGUAUAACCAAGGAUCGCGCUGGACGUGAGAAAUCUGCUGAGUAUCUUUCUUAUGAAGCUGUGUUUGAAUAGCGAUCUUACGUAUCACUAUACGGCGCUGUAGCACGCCGUCGAUUCGUACGCGAACUGGUCGGGAUUACUAUUCUCCGUGCGCUAGAGCGACCAACACCAUAUAAUGUAU